AUGUUGAAGCGUGGUGGCAACGAGCAGCAGCAGCGGUGGUCGGCGCUGGCGCGGGCGGCGCUGGCGUUGCCGUCGCUCCAGUUGACUCAGGCUGGUUGUGGAAGAUUCUACUUGUCCCACCAUCGCAAUCCCCGCCAUCACCAUCACAUCUCGCCUCCUCCACAUUCUCAACGGCUCGCCUGCGCAAAUACCGCCGCCAUAUACCGAAUUACGCCUCGACGCGCCUUUGCAUCCAUUCCAUCCGUGUUUCGUCAUUUGCAGCGUCGACUGUACUCUGACUUGAAAAUGGCGACGGAGACGAAAUGGCCCGCCGCAAAGGUUCGCGAGACCUUUCUCGACUUCUUUGAGAAGAGGGGCCACACCAUUGUCCCCUCGGGCUCUGUCGUCCCUCACAAUGACCCCACCUUGCUCUUCACCAACGCGGGCAUGAACCAGUUCAAGCCAAUCUUCCUCGGCACUGUGGGUAAGACGGAUCCCAUGGCCAACAUGAAGCGAGCGGUCGAUACCCAAAAAGUCAUCCGCGCCGGCGGCAAGCACAACGACCUCGACGACGUCGGCAAGGACUCCUACCACCACACCUUUUUCGAAAUGCUUGGCAACUGGUCUUUUGGCGACUACUUCAAGAAGGAAGCCAUCGAGAUGGCCUGGGAGCUGCUCACAAAGGUCUAUGGCCUAGACCCGGAGCGUCUCUACGUUACAUACUUUGAGGGCAGCUCCGAGCUCGGCCUCGACCCCGAUCUCGAAGCCAAGGAGCUCUGGCACGCUCUCGGCGUCCCCUACGAGCGUAUACUGCCCGGCGAUAUGAAGGACAACUUUUGGGAGAUGGGCGACCAGGGUCCAUGCGGCCCUUGCUCUGAGAUUCACUAUGACAAGGUGGGCGGUGGUCGCAACGCCGCCAGCCUCGUCAACAUGGAUGACCCCAUGGUCGUAGAAAUUUGGAACCUCGUCUUCAUGCAGUUUGACCGACAAAAGGAUAGAAGCCUCAAGUCGCUUCCUGCAAAGCACAUUGACACAGGUAUGGGUUACGAGCGUCUUGUCUCUGCCCUGCAACAUACCAUUUCCAACUACGCCACCGACUGCUUUACUCCUCUCUUCAAGCAAAUCGAAACCGUCACGGGAGUCCGCCCUUAUACCGACAAGUACGGCAAGGAUGAUGUCGACGGCAUUGAUACCGCCUACCGUGUGAUUGCCGACCACAUUCGGACCCUCUCUUUCGCCAUUACCGACGGCGCUGUGCCCAACUCUGAUGGUCGCGGCUACGUUGUCCGCCGAGUCCUGCGCCGCGGUGUCCGAUAUGCCCGCAAGUACCUCAACGCCGAGGUUGGCUCCUUCUUCUCCAAGAUUCUGCCCGCUCUCGUCGAACAGGUCGGUGGUCAGUUCCCUGACCUUGUCAAGAAGCAGGAGGACAUCAAGGAGAUUCUCGAUGAGGAAGAGGAGGCUUUCUCUCGCACCCUCGACCGUGGCGAGGCCCAGUUCGAAAAGUAUGCUGCAAAGGCUGCCAAAGACAAUGUCAAGAAGCUUGAUGGUGAUGUUGUUUGGCGUCUGUACGACACCUUUGGAUUCCCGGUUGAUUUGACCAAGCUCAUGGCCGAGGAGCGUGGCCUCGAAAUUGACGAGGCAGAAGUAGAAGUUGCCAAGGAGAAGGCUCGCGAGGCCUCUAAGGCUGUCAAGGAUGCCGCUGCCACAUUUGCCAAGCUCAAUGUUCACCAGAUUGCUGAGCUUGAGCAGCAGCACAAGCUCCCUCGCACUAAUGACGAGAGCAAAUUUGUGAAGGGUGACAGCAAGGGCAAGAUCCAGAUCAUCUUUGACGGCCAAACAUUCCACAAAUCUACCAAGGACCUACCUCCCAAGACCGCCAUUGGUCUGCUGCUUGACCAGACCAACUUCUAUGCCGAGUCUGGUGGUCAAAUUGCCGACACUGGCCGUAUUGUCAUUGAUGAUGUUGCCGAGUUCAAAGUUAUGGACGUUCAAAAUUUUGGUGGAUAUGUACUACACAGCGGCUAUAUUGAAUAUGGUGCCCUCUCCUCUGGUGACGAGGUUAUUUGCGAGUACGAUGAGCUCCGCCGUUCCCCCAUUCGCAACAACCACUCUGGUACACACAUUCUGAACCAUGCCUUGAGAGAGGUUCUUGGCGACGACAUUAAUCAAAAAGGCUCUCUUGUCGAUGACGAGAAGCUUCGUUUCGAUUUCUCACACAAGGCUCAGGUCAAGCUUGAUGAGCUGAAGAAGAUUGAGGAUCUUUCGAACGCUUACAUUCGCAAAAGCUGCAAGGUAUUUUCAAAGGAUGUUGAUCUGGACCUCGCUCGUGAAAUCGAGGGUGUUCGCGCUGUUUUCGGCGAGACGUAUCCCAACCCUGUCCGCGUCGUCUCGAUUGGCAUGGACAUUGACACCAUGCUUGCUGAGCCUAAGAAGGCCGACUGGCGCAAGUACAGUGUCGAGUUUUGUGGAGGUACACACGUCGAGCAGACUGGUCUCAUCAAGGAUUUGCUGAUUGUCGAAGAGAGCGGCAUUGCCAAGGGUAUCCGCCGUAUAAUUGCCUACACUGGCGAGGCCGCCCACAGAAUCCAGCGCGAAGCUGCCGAGUUCUCCAAGACCCUGGAUGCCCUGGACGCCCUUCCCUUUGGCCCCGAAAAGGAAGCUCAGGUCAAGACCGUCUCGCAGGAGCUGAGCAAGCUCGUCAUUUCUACACUGACCAAGGAGGAGCUUAACCAGCGCUUCGCCAAGAUUAGCACCGCUGUCAUUAACGAGCAAAAGAAGAAGCAAAAGGCCGAGUCCAAGACUGCGCUCGAUACCGUCACCAAGUACUUUGAGGAAAACAAGGAGGCGAAGUGGUUCGUCGGCCGCCUGCCCAUUGGCGCCAACGCCAAGGCUCUGGGCGAUGUCGUCAAGCACUUUCAAAGCAAGGACAAGGACAAGACUGUCUACCUCUUUGGUGGCAGCGAGGAGGCUGGCGGUGUUGUGCAUGGCGUCUACAUUGGACAGCACCUCGCCUCGCAGGGUGUCACCGCUGAGUCGUGGGCUGCAAGCGUCUCCGAGGUUAUCGGCGGCCGUUCUGGCGGCAAGGAGCCGACUCGCGCGGGCCAGGGUACCAAGCCUGAGAGCAUCGAUGAGGGUGUUGAGCAGGCGACCAAGUGGCUGAGCGAGAAGCUCAAGCUAUAA